AUGUGCUCUCGCAUCGGCGGCCGGAGAGCGCAUGGGAGGCAAGCGCGGUAUGUUCCCAAGCCCGAACUCCGAUUCGGUCCUGUCACCGCAAAUGCAAUUGUGCCGUAUGCACCUACCUUGCGAUAGGCUGGUACGUCCCUUCUUCACGCCGAUACGUGCAUCGGGCUCGGGCUCGGCCUCGGGCACGGCUCGCCCCCGACCAUGCUUCCGCCAGGCGAUGCGGGCAUGGUUAGAAUACACAGCAUCUCUCAGACACCUCUUCCUUCACUCCCCCGCGGCUCGGGCGCCUAAAGAAAAAGAGAAAGAUCGCCGGCCAGCGACAUGCCGGCUACGGGGAGCGAGCAACAGAUCCCGACGCCCCAACUGCAGGAUCCUGGAGACGAUCGCAACCUGGUCAGCAUUCUCCGGCGCAGGGUCGCCGCCCGAGAGCCAUUCGCGGCCGACAGCUUCAUCCAGGAGGCGGACGUCUACUUGGCUGCCCCCGCGGAGCUCGUCCGCGACCAUGCUCCGGGCAUGGACCUCGGCGAGGGGAAAGAGACGGCGUGGUACUUCUUCAGCCCCGCCAAUUACCACGAGACCCCGGGUGCACGGAGACGAAAGCGCAAGGUCGGCGGCGCUGACGCCGGUGAGACGUGCUGCUGGCACCCGGAGGCGGGAAAGGUGCCCAUUCUAGGCCCGGGUAAGAAGCCCGUUGGGGCGUACAAGCGCAAGCUCUCCUAUGUGCUCAAGGUCAAGAACCCGCCUGGUUCCGCAAAGCCGUAUCGAAACAAAAGCCUUGGUUGGAUCAUGGUCGAGAUUGGGCUUGAGCAGCAGCAGGCCGACCAGCAGCUAGUGCUCUGCAAGCUGUACAAGUCUCGCAGUCGCAGGGAUGCUGAAAUUUCUAUUUCCACCGGAGCCUGCCGCGUGGACGCCUACGACGAGAAGCCAUGUCCCGCGCCGCCGCCACCUGCUGCUGCUGCUCCGUCGUGUGAUAGCCAGGUAACGGAACGUAAGACGACGACAUCAGGCUACAAUAUUCACUCGCCGAGAGUCGCCCAGAAGCCUCCACUCUCCAUCCCCCUCGCCUUCAAGCAUGGCACUCGGUCUAGGCCGAUGGGAGGGAGCAGGAGUGGUGUGGCAAUUGAGAAGAAGGCGUCGCCGGCGGUGGCGGUGACCGUCGUGAUGAAAUUCGGUGGGUCAUUGACGCAGUCGGCCCAUCGGAUGAAGGAGAUGGCCAAGCUCGUCCGCAGCUUCCCGGACGGAGGCGGCGAGUCUCCGGUGGUUGUUCUGUCCGCCAUGGGGAACACCACCACCAACCUUCUCCUGGCCGCUGGGAAAGCGCUGAGCUGCCGGCCCCAAGAGGCGAGCGAAAUCCACGAGCUCGCCAUCACAAAGGAGCUGCAUUUCAGGAUGGUUGAUGAUCUUGGACUGCAUAGGUCGAUUGCUUCAGCAUGUUCAUUGGAUGAGCUGGAAAACGUUUUUAUGGCUAUUGUUGUGAUGAAAGAGCUGACUUCUAAGACACGAGAUUACCUUGUUUCCUUCGGUGAACACAUGUCCACAAGAAUACUUUCUGCAUAUCUAAAUAAACUUGGGGAAGGGGCACGACAGGAAUGGGAAUCGAUUGCCGUUGAUACUUGUGGAAGGGGUGGUAGCGACUUGACUAUGACUACCAUUGGCAGAGAUAGGAGAUCAAGAGAAAUCCAGGUUUGGAAGGAUGUAGACGGUGUGUUGACGUGUGAUCCCAAUGUUUGUGCAAAUGCGAUACCACUGCCCUACUUGACUUUUGAUGAGGCAGCUGAACUUGGGUUGUUUGAUGGACAGUCAAUGCAACUAGCUAUGGAAGGUGGCGUACCAGUUAUAGUUAAGAACUUGUGCAACCUUCAAGCACCUGGCACCAUGAUUACUAAAACAAGAGAUAUGAGCAAGAGUAUAUUAACCAGCAUUAUGUUGAAACCAAAUGUUACCAUGAUGGAGAUAGAGAAUACAAGUAUGCUCGGCCAGUAUGCUUUUGUAGCAAAGGCCUUCUCAAUGUUUGAAGAUUUGGGCAUCUCUGUCGAUUGUGUAGCCAUUAGUGAAGGCACGAUGUCGUUUGCACUAGUUCCAUCAAAACUGUUAAAAGGAGAAUUGAUUCAGCUGGAGGUUGAUAAUGUAGUUGGAGAGUUUCAAAAGAUUGCAGCUGUUGGUCUACUACAAGGCAGAUCAGUUCUCUCUCUGGUAGGGAACACACAGAUGUCGCAACUCAUUCUUGAAAAGGCAUUAAAUGUUCUAGGCAGCAUUGAAGUUAAGUUCUAUACAAUCUCGCCAGUGUUGUCCAAGGUGAUGAAACUUUCCUUGGUGGUCGAUGAGAGCGAGGCAAAACAUUGCGUGCAAGCCCUCCAUUCAGCAUUCUUUGAGAGCGAGUACCCAAUUCCAGUCAACUCAUCCACGACAGCAGCUAGCUCCAGCGUCGACAAAAAGGAGGAUGACAACCACCCAGAAGUUCCACCUCCACUCGAUGCGUGUCAGGGAAGGAAGAACAUUGACCGCAACAGUGUUGUGGAGGACACUGAGCUCAUGACUUUCCCUGACAAUUAUCCGAUGCCCGUCGGAGGCGACAAUGUCGGGAACCCGACAGAGUUCUACUACAGCAGCGGAUAUCCAGCCGGGUGGGAUGCCGGAGUACCUGGAGUUCAGUCCCAGCAGCAGGUACUCGCUAAGGAGGUGGGGGGUGGCACUGAACCUCUCAAUGUUCUGGACGAGACCAAGCGCAUUCACCAGACAAUGAUGGACAUGAAGGACAUCGAGCACAUGAUGGUCUUUGACGGCGAGGAUGCGGUGCAUGUCAAUGGCAAGGAUCCGGCGUCCGGGUACUUGGGAGUCGACAACAGUGGAUAUUCAGCUGGGUUGGAUGGCGGAGAACAUCAAGUUGAGGAUUUGAUCCACAAACCAAUGUUUGUCGGAGUCGAGGACGGCGGAUGUUCGACUAGGUUGGAUGGAGGAGAACUUCAAGUUGAGGACUACAUGAUCGACAUCCCGACGCUCGUCGGAGUCAACGACGGCGGAUGUUCGGCUGGGUUGGAUGGCCGAGAACUUCAAGUUGAGGACUAUGUGAUCGAAACCCCGAUGCUCGUCGGAGUCAAUGACGGCGGAUGUUCGGCUGGGUUGGAUGGCAGAGAACUUGAAGUUGAGGACUACCUGAUCGACAUCCCAACGUUUGUCGGCGUCGACCACGGCAGAUGUUUGGCUGGGUUGGAUGGCGGAAUCUGUCAAGUUGAUGACUACCUGAUCGACAUCCCGAUGACCGUCGGAGUUGACGCUGGCGGGGAUGGGUACUUUGACGGUGGACUUGAAGUUGAAGCCGUGCAGCACGAACUCACUGGCGCAGCGAAGAGCGGUAGUAGACAUCGUAUCAACUGAAGCACAUCUUAAGAAAUGGGUCGCUAGUGCUUGAGCUUUCAUUCUAGACUAGAGGUGGGCCGUUUGUGCGCCUCCUGCUCCAUAAAGCAAAUGGCACUCGCAGUCAAGGUUUUGAAUUUCGAAAACAAAUCAAUUUCGGACCUCAUCAAAAUAUGCGAAA